CAAUUGAAUCUGUGUUCAGGUCAGCCUAUUAGUUAAUCCAAAAUAGUGGAACGCAAAAGAUGUUCUCGCGGCAAAAAUCAUCCUUUAAGCCUUUUCAGGCACUGGCAAAUGGUUUUAACGGAAAUUUCCACUGUGACGUCGAAAUUCGAACCCAAGGAGGCUGGAAAAUCAAUGCUCACUCUUUUUAUUUGGCAUCCUGCUCAAAAUUCCUCCAAAAAUGCUUGGAAAAUGUUCGACCAGGUACCGUUCCAACGAUUUAUUUGCCCGAUGUGAAACCGAGUGUCGUACAGGCUUUGUUGCAGUUCAUCUAUACAGGAGAGACAAAUUUACACAAAGAUGACAUCGAAGAAUUCUAUUCCAUUGGGAAAUGUUUGCAAAUGGACGCCAUCAACGAAGUUUCCGAACAUUCGUGCAUUCCAAGACCACCAAUUUCGACAAAUUUGACGAAUUUAUCGUAUCAACGUCCCAUCGAGGAAGGAGAACUCAUGCAGGAUGAUCCCCUGGACGAUGUCGAUGACGAUUCUAAUGACGCUGAGAUGCUCGAUGAGCCGAAUGAUGUUACCUUGUGUGCGGAUGGCGUGAAAAAACAUCAAAUUGUGUGUCGCCAAAACUUGCCAUACUUCAAGACGAAGCUCCAGGCAUCCAUAGCGACACUUUAUUCCUCAUUCGACAUCAAUAUGGAAGUAAAUUUCAAGGUAGAAUUGAACACGGACCCUCUUUCGGUGAAAAGUUCGACAAAAUGUCCGAUUUGCCGCAAGUCAUUCAAUUUAUACGCACGUCUGGACAGACAACGGAACCGAUUUAUCCAAUGGAACACGUCAAAAUAUCGUUUGCAUUUCAAACAAAAGCAUUCACGAACCCCCGAGGCACUGCCGCCAACGGAAAAUUACGAUUGCGACAUUGUCAAAGUUGAGAUGGAUGAGUUUGGGACCUGA